AUGGCAAAUCAAGAGAAGACCGACACAAGGGCCAAAUGGAAUGAAAAUCAUAGGGCUCAUCUAGUGAAAUUAUUAGGUGAUUAUAAUGUUCCCGCGUACCGCUCACAAAAUGGAUGGACUAAAGAGGCAUGGAAUAGAAUAUUGCGUGACAUGGUAAUGAAAUUCCCUAAUUUAAAAUGCACUGUUGUACAAGUUAAAGCACUAGAGAAAGAGUUGAAAAAAAUUUACAAGCUUUUGAAGGGUUUUACCGAAUUGAGUGGUUUUGGAUGGGAUUAUGAAAAAAAUAUGGUCGAAGCCACUGAAGAAGUUUGGGCACCACUACUUGAGAGAAAUAAAGAAGCUAGAAGAUGGCAUCAAAAACCCUUUCCAUAUUUCACGGCAUUGCAGGAGAUUUAUGAGGGGAGAUAUGCAGAAGGAAGACGCUCUCGUGAUGUAGACUAUUAUGCAAAUGUGCCAAUGGACACUCCAUCUCCAAGCAUUCCGGCUCCAAAUGAUCCCAUCCAAUCAUUGUCUACACCCGAAAUAGAGAUAGAGGAUCCUGAUUUUGCACAUGUGGAGCCUCCAUGCAGUCAACCAAAUAUUUCACAACCCCAAAACUCAUGUUAUACAAGCCGGCAAAGGUUAGGGGAUGAAGUGCAAAGAAGGAAAAAGGACCGAAAGCGAAAAAAUGUUCAAGAGUCAUUCUUAGAACAAUAUAUAGAUAUGCGUCGAGCUGAGACGGAUAGAUACAUUGAUGCUAUGAAAAAAAACCAGGUAGAGGAGAAGUACACCAUUGGAGAAUGCAUGGCGGCAUUUAAUGUGUUGUGUGAUCAAUUUCCAGAUGAAGAUUUUGUUAAAAUUACAACAUUGUUUAAAGAUAAGGAUAAUCGUGAAAUCUUCUUGAGUCUCAUCAGUGAAGAACGGAAAGUGUUAUGGAUUCGGCAAAUGAUUAAUUAA